AUGAUCACAAGGUCUUCGACGGAGAUCACAGAUACUGGAGACGACGCGAGUAGUGAUCCACCCAACCACGACAGCGAUCACGCAGAGUCGAGCUUCCUUGGCAAUGGCAGCGGCGGACGGGGAAACGUCAAAGAAGUGAUGCAGCUGGACACUAUUAAGAAUAGUAUGGCGGACUCCAACAUCCAAGCUCCAAUGGCUGAACUUUAUCCUUCAUUGGCACAAUGUGCCAUCGUUGCAGCCGCCUUGAAGGUGCUGCUCUUCCCCGCAUACAAAUCAACUGAUUUUGAGGUCCACCGCAACUGGCUCGCCAUUACAAAUUCCCUCCCUGUUCAAGAAUGGUACUACGAGAAAACCUCAGAAUGGACUCUCGACUACCCACCAUUUUUCGCGGCAUUCGAAUGGAUACUGUCGCAAGCUGCAUCUUAUGCUGACCCAGCUAUGUUGGUUGUGAAGAACAUUGGCUAUGAUUCAUGGCAGACAAUCUACUUUCAGAGAACGACGGUCAUUUUGACUGAACUAGUUCUUGUCUAUGCGCUGAGCCGAUUUGUCCGACCCGUUCCUCUCCCGAACAAGCAGGCGGCGCAUGUGGCCAGUCUCUCGAUCCUGCUCUCCCCCGGUCUCUUCAUCAUCGACCACAUUCACUUCCAGUACAACGGGGCAAUGUAUGGCAUUUUGAUUCUUUCAAUUGUCCUGGCCCGCAAGCAGUCGACUCUCCUCUACAGUGGUAUUUUAUUCGCCGUCCUGCUUUGUAUGAAGCAUAUCUAUCUCUACCUAUCACUCGCGUACUUCGUCUAUCUGCUUCGUGCCUAUUGCCUCGACCCUAAGUCGGUUCUGCGACCACGUUUUGGGAAUACCAUCAAGCUUGGAGUUAGUGUGCUGAGUGUCUUCGCGAUUGCAUUCGGUCCCUUCGCCCAGUGGGGUCAAUUGCUACAACUCAAGGACCGACUUUUCCCGUUCUCGAGAGGCUUGUGUCACGCGUACUGGGCACCCAAUGUCUGGGCGAUGUACUCGUUUACGGACCGGGUUUUGAUUCCAUUUGCGCCGCGGUUGGGACUUUCGGUGAACCAAGACGCACUUAACAGUGUCACCCGGGGCCUUGUGGGAGACACUUCUUUUGCCAUUCUCCCCGAAGUCACCAAGGAGCAGACGUUCCUGUUGACAUUUAUAUUCCAGUUGAUUCCCCUAGUCAAGCUUUGGUUUCGACCUGACUGGGACACCUUUGUCGGAGCAAUUACCCUCUGCGGCUACGCAUCGUUCCUGUUUGGGUGGCACGUCCACGAAAAGGCCGUCCUGCUGAUCAUCAUUCCGUUCAGCCUGAUUGCCCUUAAGGAUCGCCGCUUCUUCAGUGCAUUCCGACCAUUGGCUGUGGCAGGCCAUGUGUCAUUGUUUCCGCUACUCUUCACGGCGGCCGAGUUUCCACUGAAAACGGUCUACACGGUUCUGUGGCUGGUGUUGUUUUUGUUCGUAUUUGACCGAGUAGCGCCUGUUCCAGAACGACCACGUAUCUUCGUCUUCGACCGCUUCUCCCUACUUUACCUCACCAUCUCAAUCCCCCUGAUUGUUUAUUGCUCGCUGGUGCACCAGGUGAUCUUUGGGUUCGACCGGUUGCAAUUUUUGCCCCUGAUGUUCAUGAGCAGCUAUUCUGCCCUGGGAGUGCUUGGAAGCUGGGUGGGGUUCAUGGUUGUCUACUUCACAGCAUAG